AUGAGACCAAAAUUUAUUUAUAAAAUUCCAAAAACAGAAUGGUUUAUAAUUAUAACUAAUACACAACAUCAUUUUUAUUUUAAUUCCAAUGAUUUAAAUUCAUUCUGGCAAUUAAGUGAUAUUGAAAAAUUUUAUAAUAAUAAUAUUGAUAUUAAUGAUAAUGAAGUAAACGAAAAUGAACAACAUAUUUCUAAAUUAAUUGAAAAUAUUGAAUUUAAUGAAUUAGGUUUAUUAUUUGCUAAAUCUAGGGGAUUGGAUGUUAAAAUUCUAGAUGAAAGUGAAGGAGAUUUGAAAAAUCAAGCAAAUCAAGAAAUAGAUGAAAAUGAGGAGGAAGAGGUAGAAGAGGAAGAAGAAGAGGAAGAAUUCAUUUAUGAAAAUAAAGAUCCAUCCACUGAAAAACAAACUAUAAGUACAUCUGUUGAAUCAGAGAGUGAGAAGAAACAAGAAGAAUCAAAAAGUACGGGUAUUUUAGCAGGUUAUUCAUCAAGUGAAGAGGAUGAUAUUGAAGGAGAGGAGGAAGAAAAAGAAGAAGAAGAAGAAAAAGCAAAGCCAACUUUUGCUCAAGAUUACGUAGAAAUUGAAGAUCUUGUUUCAAAAAUACUAGAUCAAGAACAAACCGACGAAGAAUCAUCUGAUGAUGGUAAUGAUGAUAAUUCAUUAGAUUUAUCACUAGAUGAUAAUGAUGAUGAAAAAACCAAUGAUAUCAACGAAGAGUUCAAACAAAUUUUAAAUCAAUAUUCGGACGAAAUUUCAUCUUAUGAACCAUGGGAAUUAGUAGAAGAAAAAUUAAAUUCCGAAUUCUUAAAAUUUCCAUCAUAUCAUUCAAUUAAUUCAAAUAAACAAAAAGAAGAGAUUUUUAAACAAUGGUUAAAAGAAAGAGACUCAAAACCAAAUGGUGAUGAUGAGAAUGAAGAAAUUGAUGAGGAAAACUUAUCUUUUAAAACUUUUCCGACUCCAACAUUGUUAUAUAAAUCAUUACUACAGUCAAAAAAAGAUGAAAUAAAAUCAAUGAUAUAUCCAAAUUUUUAUACAAAAAAUUAUCUAGAGAUUAAUGAUAUAAAAUUAACAAAAUUAGAAAAAGAAGAAAAUUUUAGAAAUUUUAAAAUUUUUUUAAAUGAAUUUUCAAAAGAAGAAAAAACGUAUAAGAAACAAAAUCCAUUAUUCAAAGAUAAUUAUAAAGUAUUUAAAUUGAAUGAGUUUUUAAAAAAUCAAAAUUUAACUUUAACUACUCAAUUCGAGGUUGAUUCAAAUUUAUCAUUUUUUGAAAAUUGGAUUAAUUUACUUAAUAAUUUAAAUGGUUUAGAUGAAUCUAUUGUUGAGGAUAAUAUUAAUUUUAUAGUUGGUGAUGAAAAAAGGUUAAAUAGUUACCUUCUAAAUAUAAAGUAA